GUAUUUAUCUAUCAAUGAUUAUGUAAUCCAUUAACAAAUCAUUACUUAUUUAUACAUUAGUUAUAGUUUAUUGUUAUUUAAGACACAAUGUCUAACAGUUUUACAUAAAUAUAAUGUCAAACAAACAGUGUGUUUGUAAAGGCAUCAGAAGUUGUGGCCGAUGUGAUGACCGAAAACCAAUUGAAACCAAUACUACUAAUCAAUUGUAUGUCUAUUGCGGUAAAUGUCGGGACAAAGCAUUUGUUCAAUCACUUGUUGAUCACAAUCAACAUCAACAACACUGUAUGAAAUCGUUGACCAUUGAUGUCGAUUAUGUCCGCAUCGAUGGUCUAUAUGUUGUAAAUGAUAUAAUAAGUGCCGAACAAGAGUUAGGAUUAGUUGAUGUCAUCGAUGGCAUCGAGUGGUGUGACUCACAGUCCGGUCGACGCAAACAAGAUUUUGGACCAAAAGUAAACUUUAAGAAACAAAAAGUACGGAUCAAUCAAUUCACUGGUUUACCACACUUUGAUGUUGAGCUCAUGUCUCAAAUGAAACAAUCGGUAACCGAUAAGACUGUACUCAACGACUUUGUUGCCGUCGAAGUCUGUCAUUUGGAGUAUUGUCCCGAAAAUGGUUCGUCAAUUGAUAUGCAUUUCGACGACACCUGGCUAUGGGGUCCGAGACUGGUCACUGUUAAUCUGCUAUCACCGACAGUGUUGACACUAUCCAAGCCAUCAUACGACAACAUCACGACAGAUCAGUUUGUUAUACGUGUAGAUCUACCGCAACGGUCAUUGGUGGUGGUGUCGGGCGAUGCCCGCUAUGUAUACCAACACGCUAUUGCCCGUCAAGACAUUACUAGCCGCAGGAUUGCCAUUACGUACAGAGAGUUAAGUCAAGAGUUUCUCGCCGGAGGACAGUUGUACGACAGUGUCGGGAUCACCUGAUCAAAUGAUGGCCGUUUGCCCGGCUCUUCAUUCAUACAAAUUCUGAUAAGUCUUGACA